AUGAUUCUGGUUACUGCGUUCGUCUCCGUAGCAUUGGCCGCCUAUGUGCGUGCCACCAUCCCGGGUCUGUACUACCUCUCGGACUACCACGUCGGCUCCGAGUUCCUCAAAGCCUUCCAGUUCCAAGCCAUCGCAGACCCCACCCACGGUCGCGUAAACUACGUGAAUGAGUCCAUCGCGCUCGCCAAGAACCUCACGUACGCGUCCUGGGACAGCUUCGUCAUGCGCGCGGACCACACCACCGUCCUGAACGCGAGCGACCCGGGGCGCGACAGCGUGCGCAUCAUGUCCUAUAAGACAUACACCACGCACGUCGUCAUCUUCGAUAUCCGGCACAUGCCGCAAGGCUGCGCGACAUGGCCUGCCGCUUGGGAGACCGGCGCGAACAACUGGCCAUACGAGGGCGAAGUGGACAUCCUCGAGGGCGUUAAUGACGUCGCGCCCAACUCCAUGACCCUCCACACCGGCCCGGGGUGCACCAUGCCCGCGACGAACCGCACACAGACCGGGUGCGCUUGGACGACUGAAACGACCGAUUGCAAUGCGUUCGACAACUACAACGCCGGGUGCGGGGUCUCAGCGCCGAGCAUGAACAGCUACGGGCCCGCAUUCAACGAGAACGGCGGGGGGUGGUACGCCAUGGAGCGCACGAACGCCUACAUCAAGAUAUGGUUCUGGCCUCGCAACGACCGCUCCGUCCCCCUCGACGUCUCCCUGCCCAUCGCGUCCCCAAUCAUAGACCCCAAACUCUGGGGUACACCCACCGCGUACUUCCCGAACAGCACAAGUUGCGAUCUUGCCGAAGAGUUCGGCGAGAACAAUAUUAUCAUCAACCUCACUCUCUGCGGCGACUGGGCGGGCGCGGUCUUCAAUUCCGAUGGAUGUCCAGGAGACUGCGUCACCUACGUCGACGAAAAUCCCGCUGCUUUCAUCAAUGCGUACUGGGACUUGGCUUCUGUCAGAGUUUACGAAUGA